AUGGCAGCCUUUUCAUACCACCCCCAUCACGACCCCUUCGCCCUUGACGUCGCUGAUUUCCCUAGCGACUCUCAUUUCCACCUGCUCUUCCCGCCGACGCAGCAGCAGCAGCAUCAACAACGGCGCCAGCAAGCUGGAGACCCUGUCGUCUCUUCCUCUGCCUUCUUCCCUCGCUUCUACUGCCCCUUUGACUCUCUCGGCGCCGUUCCAGUGGAGAUGUCGACCGCCAACACCUCCACCGCUGCUACCCCGGCAAGCAGCAGCUCUCUUGAGAGCGCCAGGGUCUCCUCUCGUUCCUCCUCGGCUCAAAGGAGCGAAAGCCAGCGCGAGAAAAAGAGGAAGGAUGACCAGAAAUGCAACUCCAGCUCUUCACAACUCAAAGUGAGGGAGAUGAUCUCGUUCAGGGUUCAAUUCUCCUCCCACUUUUCCACCCAUUUACAUAAUCUGAAAUGAAUCGCCAUUUCUCUUCCUUCGUGUUUCAGAAGCGCAAGAACACAAAGCAAAAGAAAUGCAGUCGCGACGCGGAGAGCACAAAUGAGAAGAGAGCGCUCAAGGAGCCACCGACUGGGUAUAUUCAUGUGAGAGCAAGGAGAGGGCAGGCAACAGACAGCCAUAGCCUCGCUGAAAGGGUACGAUAAUCCUUGCGAAGUUGCAAUUGAAAAACCUUUUCCAUGGCCCUGGCAAUUCUCAUUUUGGGCUCUCUCUCUCUCUCUCUCUCUCUCUCUCUCUCUCUCUCCCCAUUCCCUCUCCCGUGCAGGUGAGGAGGGAGAAGAUACGAGAGAGGAUGAAAAUGUUGCAAGGUCUCGUCCCGGGAUGCGACAAGGUAAAACUGCGCAGCCAUUCCCUUUCUCUGCCUAAAUCUCUCCUCCGCCGUCUCUAAUGGCCAUCUUUCAAACGGCGAAGGUGAUCGGGAAGGCCCUCCUGCUGGACGAGAUUAUCAACUAUGUACAGUCCUUGCAGAACCAAGUAGAGGUGAGGCGAAAUGAUCCCCGAAGAGUGCGGCAUUAAACUCCCUUUUUCCUGCCUUUCCCUCUUUCCCUCUCACAAACCCCUAGCUGCUUCCUAACGAGAAUUAUGGAGACGGCCAUUGCAGUUCCUGUCGAUGAAGCUUGCUUCUUUGAAUCCUGUGUUAUACGAGCUGGGCCUCGAUUCCGACGGCUACAUGCUCUCGCCCGAGGUUGGAUCUCUAUUAGACGUCGAUCCGUUUUACCAUGAUUCAAUUAUACAUACAUAUGCAUGUGUAUGUGAAUGCUGAGAGUGAUGGAUUGAUGGCGUUAAUUCUGCAGAAGCUGGAGGAGAUGUCACUCGGGCUGCCAAAUAUUCAACAAACGGGUCCCCAUCAAGCGACUGCUUUUGCAGAUACCGCCGACAGCUGCCCUGUUCAGGACAGUUCCGUUCCAUUUCUACUGCAUGAGGAGGGCCCCGCCCCCUUCCAUCAGGUUUUCUUUCUUCAUAAAGUGUCACUGACAGAGGAACUCAUUGCAAAUGAUGAUGAUAAUAAUAAGUUAAUACAUAAUGCGUGGCCUGAUAGAGAUCAUUUAGAUGACACCGAGUUUAUGCACGUCAUUUCCAGGGUAAUGGCGGCAACUUUGUGGUGCAACUUGACCAUAAUAGAGAGAGUCUCUUCAAUCAAGUCGACUUCAACAGCGUUCCUUCUUCCUACCACUAA